UCCAUCCCCCAAGAACAAAGCUAUGUGCGGACCAUUUCCGAGAGGUAAAGGUUACCUUCUAGGCCUACAGGGCCCCGCUAUCGCCGGCGGAUGAUUCGGUCAGAAAUCAUCCUGAAUCAUAAGCAGCAGUGUUUCCAUCUUAAAGAAGACUCUCGAACCCCCUCAGUGAUUCAAACAACAUCAGCAAUCAUCACAGAAUCAUCGGUCGAACAUCCCCUUUACACAGUUCUCCUUAACCACAAUGGCUCCCUCUGCGAUCUCCAACUCGCCGCCAUCAAGGUCGGCGGAACUCGCCACGUCGAAUGAUACAACAUUUGCCAUCCAGCCUCCUGCAAACUUCGUUGGGUACGACCACGUCACAUGGUGGGUUGGCAACGCAAAGCAGGCCGCCUCGUACUACACCUCUCUCUUCGACUUCAAGCACGUUGCCUACCGCGGCCUUGAGACCGGGAGCAGGUACUUCACCUCCUACGUUAUUGCGAACAAUGAUGUCCGCUUCGUCUUCACCUCACCCAUCCGCUCCGCCGUGCACCUGCCCGCGGACGAGCCCAUCUCCGAGUCGGAUCUUGUGUUGCUGAAGGAGAUGCACGCGCACCUGGAGAAGCACGGUGAUGCUGUCAAGGACGUCGCUUUCGAGGUGGACAAUGUGGAAGCCGUAUACAACACGGCCGUUGAAGCAGGCGCCAAAGCUGUUCAGCCCCCGCAAGUACACAAGGACGCGGACCAUGGGUCCGUGACCACCGCCUCCAUCUGCACGUACGGCGACACCACACACACUCUCAUCUCCCGCAACUCGUACACAGGGCCCUUCCUGCCUGGUUUCAGGGAGGGAAAGAAGCUCCAGUCCUCUGUCAGCAUGCCGGAGGUACCCCUUCGCCGUGUGGAUCACUGCGUCGGCAACCAGUCCUGGAACGAGAUGGUGUCCGCGUGUGCCUUCUAUGAGAAAUGUCUCUCCUUCCACCGUUUCUGGUCCGUCGACGACUCUCAGAUCUCCACGGAGUUCUCGGCGCUGAACUCGAUCGUGAUGGCGAGCCCCAACAACCUCGUCAAGAUGCCCAUCAACGAGCCUGCACCCGGCAAGAAGAAGUCCCAGAUCGAGGAGUACGUCACAUUCAACUCUGGCCCCGGUGUCCAGCACAUUGCCCUUCUCACCAAGGACAUCAUCACGUCGGUCUCUGCGCUGCGCGCUCGCGGCGUGGAAUUCAUCAACGUCCCGCCAACCUACUAUGACACCAUGCGUCACCGCCUCAAGACUGAGAAGCGCAACUGGGAGCUGAUGGAGGACUUUGAGACCAUCCAGAAGCUCAACAUCCUCAUCGACUACGACGAGGGCGGCUACCUGCUCCAACUGUUCACCAAGCCUUUGAUGGACAGGCCCACCGUCUUCAUUGAGAUCAUCCAGCGAAACGAGUUUGAGGGUUUCGGCGCGGGCAACUUCAAGAGCUUGUUCGAGGCGAUUGAGCGUGAGCAGGCCGAGCGUGGUAACCUGUAAACGAUGGCAGGAGAGAAAAGAUGAGGAUAUGCAAGGGGCACAUUUGAUGGCGCAGCGGUAGCAUACUUGCUAUGUUUAGUUUUCCGAUACCAUUCCUUCUAGCUGAGGUACCUUGUUCAUACACGGAGAAGAA